CCAAAAGAGCGCAACGUAGCCGUGAGCAGACACACGGCUGGAUUUAAACCCGCUCUGCAUCUGGACUGUAUUAUCUGAGAGGAACCGAACCCGGCGGGAUGACGGGGACGCUACCGGUAGCUCUGACUUUGGUCUUCUUUCUGUCCACACACGGCGCCUCCGGCUCCUAUCCUCGAGCACAGAAUGUCACUUGGAAGUCGACCAACUUCAAAACUAUUCUGUCCUGGGAACCCAAACCGUCAGCUGAUUACUCCUACACAGUGGAGUUCUCUGCGUCUGGUGGGAACAAACAGAGGAACCUUCACUGUACUCGGUCCUCUUUUACAACAUGUGAUUUGUCCACCUAUCUGACUGACCUGAAAGCCCACUACACGGCCGACGUCCUGUCUGAACCCCCGAUUGAUGCGACCUCUGACCUGAUUGAGUUCCCCCACACCAGCUCACCACGGUUCUGCCCCUACGAAGACACUGAUAUCGGCAAACCUGACUUCAAGUUGAAGGUGAGCGAAGACAAAAAGAAAACCACCCUGUACGUGACCGACCCACUCACCGCCCUGUUUAAAGAUGGCCAGCAGCUGAACAUCAGGGAUAUCUUCUCUGAGCAGCUGCAGUACAGAGUCACCUACAGAAGAAACAAGAGUACCGGCAAAAAAGUGUACACCUCCAAGACCAACGAGAUAGAGCUGUCUGACCUGGACCGAGGGGAGAGCUACUGCUUCAACGUCCAGGCGUACAUCCCAAGUCGCCACACUGACAAGCAGCUCGGCGAGAUGAGCCAGACCCAGUGCUCCAACGACGACAACGCGUCCAUCUUUAAAGUGUACUCCAUCAGUGUGAUUGCUUGUGCCAUCUUCCUCAUUCUGCUGCUGAUCGGCAUCGUCGUUGCUGUCACGGUGGUCUGCUGCAAACGCAAGAGGAAGUCUCAGCAUGAAAAAGACGGACUGCCGCUCGACGUUAUAUAAUAUGUACACAACCUAACAUACACACACACACAUGCAGAAGCGUUGCUAUAUGAGGACCCUCUCUGGUAAAAUAUAUUCCACAAACACUGACCCAUACGCACAUUUUUUCUCACCUUAACUCCAGAACCAGGUCUCCACCCUGAAGCUGCCUUAAACUGUGACGACCGGCCCGGACGUCCUCACAAACUAUGGACUGUGCUUGCAGCAGUGGUUCUGAGUUAGAAUUGGUCCUCAUAAAGAUAGCACCACACACACACACACACACACACACACACACACACACACACACACAGGGCACAUGCGGUACAUCUGAAUUGGACCGAGGCGGGUCUAGUUCUACAUUCCACUGUCAAACACUGGAAUUAUUCUUUCCUUUAGUUUCUGUGAAACUCCUUUGGUCAUAUUUCUUCGUUCCUCAUUUCCAGCUGCAGAUAAACAGACUUUAGGGAAACACUGUUGGAGCUCUCCUACUGUACAGAUAUAAACUAUUCUGUUUCAUUUACUGCCUGUAUAUGUGGAUUAGUGGUACCUCUGAUGACUGUAGAUAAACACUGCCAAUAGUUCUAUUUAAUUGAUUUUGUAGUCGACUUUAUAACUUGGUAUGAUCGUCUGAUGACACUUUUUUGGGGACUCUGGUGAAAGCAACACUUUAUGGGAAACAUAGCAUAUAAUAUUUUUGUAUUUAAAGCUUAAUUUAUUGUGUUUAUUUGAAAUUAACACAUUUGUUCAUGGUGCUAUUUUUAGCCGUUUUAUACUUGACGUUGUUGCUCAUCGGUUUAUGUGGUGGAAUGCUGGAGAAAUAAUAAAUAUUUUACAAAAAACA